UGAUAGCGUGUUGUAACUGAAUGUUAUUCUUUUUUCUAAACGGUGUUGUUGAUUUGUAUAAGUUAAAUUUUACAAUUCGAAAUGGAAAUUGAAAAUAUAGAUCGCAAAGGUACCAAACGAACCAGGUCCGUGAAUUAUAGCGUCGAAGACUGCCUAAAACUGGUGGACCUUAUCCGUCCACUAAAAAAUAUUAUCGAAAACAAAAAAACUGAUGCUGUCCAGUGGACGGAAAAAAACAAAGCAUGGGACAGUAUAUGUACGAGGUAUAAUAGUAUCACGACCCAGUCUAGAACGACAAAAGAAUUGAGGCAGAAGUACGAAGCCCUCAAACGUGAUGCUAGGAAAGACUCUGCUUUGCGGCGACAGGCCUUAUUGCAAACUGGAGGCGGACCAGGAAUUGAAAUAAAAAAUAACAUCGUACUGGAGAAAAUAAAAGAACUCCUCCAGCUUUCUGCUGACGGAUUGAGCAGCAUUUUCGACUGCGACCGGAUAUGCGAUGCACAAGUUUCUGUAGCAACUGUUGAACCAGGUGAGGUGCAGGAAGAAAUUUUGGAAACCUUAGAGGAAAUUGCAGAAAAAGCUUCAUGCUGGGAACAUUUACGAGAGGAAGAUUACUACGAAACUGUGGAACUGCAAGGUGUACCUGAUAGUACAUUGGCAACUGCGUCAGUCAUCUCUGCCACAGGAAAUUCGGAGAGAGAAACAGAUGACUGGUCAUCCUACAAGCCAUCCAUGCUGAGAAAAGCAAAAAAUUGUAAACUGAAGGAGAAAAUUGCUGCAUCACACGAUGAAUCGGAACGUUUAACUCCAAAUGUGCACUGUCUGGGGAAGCUUGCCUGGCCAGCAACACUUUUUUCCACGCAGAUGCAUGAAAAUCGUCAAGAAGUAUGCAGAGGAAACGGCCUGCAUUCCAUGACCGGCCAUUAUCAAUGAAUGGGGAGCGGCUCAGCGGUUGGGCAACGGAGAAAAGAAACCUUGCGCUUUGUCAGCAGGAGCUACUCCGAAAAGAGUUUGAGGCCAGAGAAGAGAGGGAGGAGAAGCUUCACAAAAUUGAAAUGGAGAUAAAAAAGAAAGUAUUAGAGAAACUUGAGUUGGACAUUAUGAUAAGGAAAAAAACUUUACAGGAAAUGGAAGACAAGCAUAAGUGUUAAUUUUAUUUUCUACUGUUCAUACAGUGACCAUCUUCAGUUUACAUUCCCUUUUCAAACAUGUAAAAUUAAUUCAACUUGUAACGUUGCAAGACCCCUGCCCUCCUAGCAAAAUAUUUUUCUUUUAAAUUGUUUUCAUGCCUGUAAACAUUUCUUAAAAAAGUCUCUCCAAGAAUAUUUUACCGGUUUUAUGUAUUUAAGGGUUGAUAUUUGCACUUGCUGUGUGUUUUAAUACUGUACUUUGUAUUUUAACAGACAUUUUCAAUCAUUACUAUUAAUUAUGUAAUUGUUCACAAAUAAGUCGUACUAGAUGUUUACCUGUUUUGGCCUACUUUUUCAGGUUUUUUCUAAAUAAGUUUAAUUUUGUUAAGUAAUUUGUAUUAGGACUGUUGUUUUUUUUAACUUUCAUUAACGUGUUACAUAAUAUUCUAAAACAAUGGACUUUGUGUGGGAUGUAAUAGAAAGAGACAGGUAUAUGGGACCUACGAGUGUGAGUGAGAUAGAAACGGUAAUUCCCCAGUAAGAGAGAGACUGUAACAAUAUCUUGUCACUGCGUGGGAACUCGGAGAGAACUACUCUCCGAUGAUGUUGGAGAGAGUAGGAGAAAGUGAAUCCCCUGUUUCUAUGUGUUAAAAUGGUUUUCAGUGUAUAUGUUCUGUGUUCUGAUUGGCUUGUAAUUGUAAGUGUGAAUGAAGAGUGUAUGUGAUAGGUCGGUGAGGUCAUGUGACUGCCUUUCCUGCGUGAAGGAACCAGUGCCAUGACUUCACCAGUCAUCUGUCGAUCGCUGCACCAGGAGGGCGCGUUACCCAAGAUGUAGAGAUUUUAAGGAGGGCAAAUUUAACGUCGGUAGCGAGAGCCAUGCCAAAGAUAAUAAAUUAAUCUUUUUUUUUUUUUGGACAUUUAACUAAAAAUUGCGGCUACCGACGUCAGCGUUUGGCUCAUGGCAAAAUUCGUUUUCGCUGGGUGCGGCCAGGUUUGAGGCUGCACUGAUUUCGUGCACUUACAGUAUAAUGUUACUGAAGGGCUUAACCUAUGUUAUUUUGCGUUUAUUUUCAUCGCCCGAGGUGCGAGCAAUUCUUGACUGACAGAUGUACGAGUUGAAUGAGUGAGAAAAAAUUUGAAAGUGAUUGGCUUCGUCUGUGCAGCAUUCUGUUUUGAAAAAAUAAAACAAAAACUACAAUUGGUGCUUAACAUCUCUUUUGUUUAAUUUUUUUAUGUAACAAAACAUUAUAAACUUUAUUUAUGUAAAUAUUUUGUUUAUCAAUUAAAAUAUAAGGUUAUAAGUGCA